CCCCGGGUGCCCGGGGCAGCCCGGGCUCUGCCCUCUGGGGCCAGCUCCUUGGGGCCUCCCGCAGCAGUUCAGUUCUGCCUACGUCCGGGCUCCCCCAGCCCCCGGGUCUCCGGAGCCGCACCCUCUCCCCGGUGCCGCGGCGCGCGAGCCCCCUCCCAGGCACCCCGUGCCUCCCUGCGCUCUACAUACCGGGAGUUUCCGCCUCGGCUCCCCAGGUCCCCUUGUCAUCCCCUGGGUUCCCCCAUAUCCUUACCCCUCCACACACACACUCCCCCCUUCAUAGAGGUUCCACCUCUGGGCUCUCUCCUUUCCAGCUCUUUUUCGUUUUCAAAGGUUCUUUUCUCCUGGGCUCCCGGACCCCUCCCUCCUCAUGAUCCGGCGGGAACAGUGCCCCGACUUGGGGACAGGAUCUUUGGCUCAGCUUUUGGGGCCUGUCUGGCUUGGGGUUCCUGGGAAGACCAGUCCAGCCCCGGAGUCUGCCUGUAUCCUGUGCAUCCAGAUGGGCCUGGGGGCCAGAUCUAAUUAGGGAGGCAGCUUCCAUGGAGCGAAAGGAAUGCCAGGACCCCGCCCAGACAGACGUGGGCCAGCCUCGGCACCGACAGCCAACACGCAGAUAGCAGAGCCGUUCUCAGGGUUGAACCAUGAUUCCGGUGACAGAGCUCCGCUACUUUGCGGACACGCAGCCAGCGUACCGGAUCCUGAAACCGUGGUGGGACGUGUUCACCGACUACAUCUCCAUCGUCAUGCUGAUGAUCGCGGUCUUUGGGGGCACGCUGCAGGUCACCCAGGACAAGAUGAUCUGCCUGCCUUGUAAGUGGGUCACCAAGGAUUCCUGCAACGACUCGUUCCGGGGCUGGGUGGCCCCUGGCCCAGAGCCCACCUACCCCAACUCCACGAUCCUGUCCGCUCCUGACACGGGCCCCACAGGCAUCAAAUACGACCUGGAUCGGCACCAGUACAACUACGUGGAUGCCGUGUGCUACGAGAACCGCCUGCACUGGUUUGCCAAGUACUUCCCCUACCUGGUGCUUCUGCACACGCUCAUCUUCCUGGCCUGCAGCAACUUCUGGUUCAAGUUCCCGCGCACCAGCUCGAAGCUGGAGCACUUUGUGUCUAUCCUGCUCAAGUGCUUCGACUCGCCCUGGACCACGCGGGCCCUGUCGGAGACAGUGGUGGAGGAGAGCGACCCCAAGCCGGCCUUCAGCAAGAUGAAUGGCUCCAUGGACAAGAAGUCAUCCACAGUCAGCGAGGACGUUGAGGCCACCGUGCCCAUGCUGCAGCGGACCAAGUCUCGGAUCGAGCAGGGCAUCGUGGACCGCUCGGAGACGGGCGUGUUGGACAAGAAGGAGGGGGAGCAGGCCAAGGCGCUGUUUGAGAAAGUGAAGAAGUUCCGGACCCAUGUGGAGGAGGGGGACAUCGUGUACCGCCUCUACAUGCGGCAGACCAUCAUCAAGGUCAUCAAGUUCAUCCUCAUCAUCUGCUACACUGUCUACUACGUGCACAACAUCAAGUUCGACGUGGACUGCACCGUGGACAUCGAGAGCCUGACGGGCUACCGCACCUACCGGUGUGCCCACCCCCUGGCUACGCUUUUCAAGAUCCUAGCGUCCUUCUACAUCAGCCUGGUCAUCUUCUAUGGCCUCAUCUGCAUGUACACACUGUGGUGGAUGCUGCGGCGCUCCCUCAAGAAGUACUCGUUCGAGUCCAUCCGCGAGGAGAGCAGCUACAGCGACAUCCCCGACGUCAAGAACGACUUUGCCUUCAUGCUGCACCUCAUCGAUCAGUAUGACCCGCUCUACUCGAAGCGCUUUGCCGUCUUCCUGUCGGAGGUGAGUGAGAAUAAGCUGCGGCAGCUGAACCUCAACAACGAGUGGACACUGGACAAGCUGCGGCAGCGGCUCACCAAGAACGCGCAGGACAAGCUGGAGCUGCACCUCUUCAUGCUCAGCGGCAUCCCCGACACCGUGUUCGACCUGGUCGAGCUGGAGGUGCUGAAGCUUGAGCUGAUCCCAGACGUGACCAUCCCGCCCAGCAUCGCCCAGCUCACGGGACUCAAGGAGCUGUGGCUGUACCACACGGCGGCCAAGAUCGAGGCGCCCGCCCUGGCCUUCCUGCGCGAGAACCUGCGGGCUCUGCACAUUAAGUUCACGGACAUCAAGGAGAUCCCGCUGUGGAUCUAUAGCCUGAAGACGCUGGAGGAGCUGCACCUGACGGGCAACCUGAGCGCCGAGAACAACCGCUACAUCGUCAUCGACGGGCUGCGCGAGCUCAAGCGCCUCAAGGUGCUGCGGCUCAAGAGCAACCUGAGCAAGCUGCCGCAGGUGGUCACGGACGUGGGCGUGCACCUGCAGAAGCUGUCCAUCAACAAUGAGGGCACCAAGCUCAUCGUCCUCAACAGCCUCAAGAAGAUGGUGAACCUGACAGAGCUGGAGCUGAUCCGCUGCGACCUGGAGCGGAUCCCCCACUCCAUCUUCAGCCUCCACAACCUACAGGAGAUCGACCUCAAGGACAACAACCUCAAGACCAUCGAGGAGAUCAUCAGCUUCCAGCACCUGCACCGCCUCACCUGCCUUAAGCUGUGGUACAACCACAUCGCCUACAUCCCCAUCCAGAUCGGCAACCUCACCAACCUCGAGCGCCUGUACCUGAACCGCAACAAGAUCGAGAAGAUCCCCCCCCAGCUCUUCUACUGCCGCAAGCUGCGCUACCUGGACCUCAGCCACAACAACCUGACCUUCCUCCCCGCCGACAUUGGCCUCCUACAGAACCUCCAGAAUCUGGCUGUCACGGCCAACCGGAUCGAGGCGCUGCCCCCGGAGCUGUUCCAGUGCCGGAAGCUGCGGGCCCUGCACCUGGGCAACAACGUGCUGCAGUCGCUGCCGUCGAGGGUGGGCGAGCUGACCAACCUGACCCAGAUCGAGCUGCGGGGCAACCGGCUGGAGUGCCUGCCCGUGGAGCUGGGCGAGUGCCCGCUGCUCAAGCGCAGCGGCCUGGUGGUAGAGGAGGACCUGUUCAACACGCUGCCACCCGAGGUGAAGGAGCGGCUCUGGAGGGCUGACAAGGAGCAGGCCUGAACCACGGCAGGCGGCCGAGCACAUGGCUGGCCGGGCAUGGCCAGCAGUGGAACCACUGAGGGAUCCUCCAGCCCAGGAACUCAGAAACCCCAGGCCGGCUAGCCCAGCCUCUCUGCCAGGGCAGGAGCCUGGGGGUUGGCUGUGAGCUGGGCCAGGGUGACAGGACAGUACCUGAGGGGCUGGCCCCUUUUCUCCCUCUGAGACUCAUGCUCCCCAGGGCAGGUGCCCAUCGGGGACAUCAGAGACCUAUAAUCUGUCGCGGAGCGCAGUGUUUGGACAAUCAAGGCCUCCUCCCUGGAGGCCAUCUCUGCCCCAGAGGCCGAGCCGAAGCUAGAGGUCCAGGGACAUCUACUUAGCUCUUGGUAUUUAUUUUUCUCCACCUCCUGCCCCCCUCCUCCAGGCCACUUGUGCAUUCCCAGGAAAGUUCAGCUCGGAUGGGGGUGUUUAAGGAGGGGUGGGCUGUGUUCCCCUUUUCCUUCUGUGGCGACGCCGCCAGUGUUUAGUACCCACGCAGACUUGAACACAGUGGUCCAGGGUGAACCAACCGCGGCACGGUCACUCCAGUGGUGCCGGGCUGGGCUCUGGCGGCACAGCCCAUGGGCGAGCAGGCCACCGAGUGGAAUGGCCAGGCCUGGGGCUCGCCUCAUCAGUUUUAGAU